AUGGUCUCCUCUCCAUUUUCUGUCCCUUAUCCAUUGAAAAAUACUACUGAAGCAAGUCUCCCGAUGGAUUCUGAGGAGAAAGACGAAUGUAUAUGGGAUUCUUCACUACCUCCUAGUGGUAAUGUUAGCCCCCACAGUAGUAUUGAUAGCACUGGCGUUUUCAAGGCUAUGAGCAUUGUCAAUAGCUGCACUAGCACAAACCGGAGUGAUGUGAUAAUGAGUGAUGGGAUGCUUAGUGUGGACAGAAACUACGUAAGUACGAAAGGGAGCAUUCGAGGGGACUCACUAGAGAGUACUAAAACUAGCCUUAGCCGAGCAAGUGAUAGCAGUGGCCUUAGUGAUGACAGUAACUGGAGUAAUAUAACUGGCAGUGCAAAUAAGCCUCACAAAGGAAAUGAUCCUCGAUGGAAGGCAAUUCUUGCAAUUCGAAUACGUGAUGGUAUUUUGGGCAUGAAUCAAUUCAAGUUGCUCAGAAGACUUGGUUGCGGGGAUAUUGGAAGUGUGUAUCUUUCGGAGUUGACUGGAACUCGGUGCUUUUUUGCGAUGAAAGUAAUGGAUAAAGCAUCUCUUGCAAGCAGGAACAAAUUGAUCAGGGCUCAGACUGAAAGGGAAAUCCUGCAGCUGCUAGACCAUCCAUUCUUGCCGACACUGUACACUCAUUUUGAAACGGACAGAUUCUCAUGCUUGGUCAUGGAAUAUUGUCCUGGAGGCGAUCUGCAUACUCUGAGACAACGUCAACAAGGGAAACAUUUUUCGGAGUAUGCUGCACGGUAAGCUCCAUCAUUCUCUUGAAGUACUAAGCAUCCAUUAGGUUUUAAUUAUUAACCUAAGGCCUUAUUUCUUCUAAUUUAGCAUCAUUCAUUUUACUGUUCAUUCUUUUUCCUGUUAUUUAUUUGUGAGCCUAUCAUUCUCGAAAUCGUAUUUUAGCGAAUGAUAAUAAAAUUCAUUCCUGAUCAUUCCCGUUUUGAAUGAGAUUCUAUCCUUCAUAUGUGCUACCAAUUUGGUAAUUUUUAAUUCUGUGAAGCACAUCAGCUUGCUCAUACCUCUUAUUUGUAAUAUCAUUAAGACUUCUUGAUGAAAGUAGCUAAAUUAUGUGAGUAAUUUUAGAUCAGUCAUAACGUAGCAUGAUUGGGUCAGAGAGAGGCUAUUGUCGAGCUUGUUCCUUGAUUCACUCGGGAUGGUUGCAGACUAACAAUUUAAUUUCUUGCAUAAAAUUACUACUAUUUAGAUUUAGUUCCGUGGCUUUGCAAUUUCCUGACGUAAGUCUUAACAAGGAUAGAAUAUUAACAGCAAGCUACAUCUUGAUCCCUUGAUGAGCUCUCAAAUAUGUGCAGUGAAGUUUCAUUUAGUAUAUUAAUUUGUUGUGAUCCAUUAUAUUUUCAGAUACACGAGAAAUGUAGAUCCUUUCU